UUAAUCGUUAAAUGUUUGAAUGAAAAUAAAGCUCUUACAAUUGUUUGUUUGGGGUAAAUAUGUGUGUUAUACCUUUGUUGAGCAUAUUGGGGUAAUAACCCUAAAUAAUUGAUUCCAUAUUCGAAUCGGGUAAAUUGAAAACACAAACAGUUUGCUUCCAAUGGCAAACAUAAACAACAAAGAGGAACCAAGUACAGCGCCUGAGGCAGAUCGUUGGUACAAUUUGAGCCUUGGUUCUUCAUUCAAAGAUCACCAACCUUCCUCCAAAUUCUGUACUUUACGCUAUGAUUUUAAACCUGCUUCAAUUGAUAAAAACCAACCUGGAAAACUACACAAGAACAAGGAGAAUAGGGUCUCUGUUGAAUUUCAAAAUAAUCAGCCUGGUAAACCCAAGGUAACCUUUGAUGGGAGUAGUGAGGAUUACAAGGAAAAUGAUGCUGUUCUUUUCUUUGAUGGUGAGUCAUUUCGCUUGGAGCGCUUACAUAGGGCAGUUAAACGUUUGAAGUAUAAUCGACUCCCUGGAGAAUCCGCUGCAGCAGCAGCAUCUGCUCCUGCUCCUGCUCCUGCUCCAGUUGGAAUACCUGCAGAUGCGAGUUCACCACCAGUUGCCAAAGGGGCUAAAUUUCAGUCUCUUAAUAAGCCUGCAGUUCCUGCGGUACCAGUUGAGGUGGAAAGGAUUGAAAUUGGUGACUUUAGAAGUUCAGAUUCAACAUCCAAAAAUGAGAAGAUUGCUGAUUAUCAAUCUCCACAUGCAAAUCAGUCAACUGCAUCACCAGACAAUGAUGACCUGGAUGAACAAUUGGAUAUACUGAAUGAUGACGAGGAUGAUACUACCACAGCCAACGGCGGGAAUGUUACUGUGGGAGAAUUCAAAACAGGCAUUGAUAUUAAUAUCCCACACCAAAAUGAUACAGACGAUGAGAGUGGUGAAGUGGAUGUAAGUGGUGAUGAUGCGGAUAAGGGCAUCAAUGCAGCAGAAGAACUUAAGGCUCAGGUAAAGGCAGAGAAAAAAGAGAAUCAUAAUGCAGAGGGAAAAGGGAGUCAUACUUCGACCUCUGCCAGUAGCAGUGGAAGUGACAACAGUAGUGGAAGUGCUAGUGCGAGUGGGAGUGUAAGUGGAAGUGACAGCGCAAGCAGCAGCAGUGACAGUGAAAGCAGUGACACGGUCAACUCUAUCUGAGAACUUUUAAGUAUUUUGGGGGUGAAUGUCUCAAGUUUGAAAUAAUUGAAAGCGAAGCCACUACAUUGCUUUUAGGUUCAGUUGGCUGACAAAGCUCUGUUAGCAUGUCCUCUAGUUUUGCUUUUCUUCUUCCAGUACACCUUUCUCCUUUCUGCUAUUCCUUCUAUUUAUCUCGUUUUUGGACCUCUUGUAUAAGAUAUACAGAAAAGUGAAGAAUUUUGUAUGAGAAUGAAAGAUGAUUACUGUA